AUGCCAAUGUUCACCGUGAACACCAACGUUCCCCGCGCCUCAGUGCCAGAGGGGCUUCUCUCCGAGCUCACCCAGCAGCUGGCGCAGGCCACCGGCAAGCCGGCACAGUACCUCACAGUGCACGUGGUCCCGGACCAGCUAAUGACUUUUAGCGGCUCUAGCGACCCCUGCGCCCUAUGCAGUCUGCACAGCAUCGGCAAGAUCGGCUGCACACAGAACCGCACCUACAGCAAGUUGCUGUGCGGCCUGCUGGCUGAUCGCCUGCGCAUCAGCCCUGACCGGAUCUACAUCAACUAUUACGACAGAAGUGCAGCCAACGCGGGCUGGAACGGUUCCACCUUCGCCUGA